AGGGAAGUCUAGAACAGGUGAUUGCGAGCUCUUGGGCGCUGUCUUAGAUACCUUUCCAGCAGUGUAUAACCCCUGGAGGUUAGUACAUGAGGUAAAUAAUUUAUAUCUUUGAAUGGAUUGUCAUGUUGCACUAAUAUUUGACUCAAUCGAGGAAGAUCAGACAAACAAUGAAUUCAGCUGAUGCACUACUCAGUGAUCGCUGGUUAAAUUUGCAAAUUUAAUUUGUCACUUUUAACGGUUUAACUUUAUGAGCUUAGCUUAUCCAUAGAAAUAUUUUAGUUUACAAACUCGUCUUUUCUUGCAGAAUUUUUAAGAUCACUUAAUUGUUGUGAAAUUGUGCCAAUCGCCCGACAUCUGAGCACUACCCGUGGAUCGAAAGUUUCAGAGUAAAAUGUAGCGUUCGAUGUCAGAAUAAGCACUUUCACAAAAUCUUUGGGAGAGAAUUACCUAGGUGUCUCAAUUAUAACAUUUAUUUUAACAUUAAGUGAGCUAUGAUACAAUGCUCGCAGCCUUUGAGCUGCAUGUUUGUAUUUUUACUUCGAUUACAGUUCGUCACGUAGCGAGGUUGCGUGACCAAGUGGAAGACAAUUUAGUGGAAGAUGAGUAUUCAGUGAAUACGCUGGCGGUUAUUUAUCCGUUUGAAACAAUUUUUUUUAGAAUCAAAUUUUGGAUAUUCCUUCUGAAUAUACUGGACUUUCCUCUUUAGGUUCAAAACACCACAAUCAGUGACAAUGCAUGUGACUCGAAUAGGGCUCUGAAGUAUUAAUUUCAUCGUAUCUAGUUACUAUUUACUAUCACUUUUAUCUAUGCUUUCUUCGUUGUAAUCACAGAAGUUAUCACAAUGCCAGAGGGAAGUGGUUUCUCAUGGCGACAGCUGCUGACAGUGGAACCUGUUCUCUUCCUGUAUGCAUUUGGGUUGUUCAUGAAUGUUCCAGUGUCGCAGCAGUUUAUUUACCACAGGCUGAGUGAUGCAAAGGGAUUCCCUUAUCACUUUCAGCAAGAAACAGGAUGUGAAGGAAAGAACCUGAAUGCUUCCAUGAAAAAGCUUGAGAAAGAGGUAUGGAAUCAAUGUAAUGCAUUGAGCCUUCAGACUGGAAGUGCAUUGAUUGUAUUAUUUUUAGUUUUAAACCAUAUUCAAAUGCAUCCACUCCACAGUGCUCCAAGAUACAUGGCUGUGUGGAAAUAACAGAUUUUCAAUUUAGCCAUAACUGCUGUGUGGUAAUUUGAUACCAGGUGUAAUUGGUUUACAUUGUUAUUUUGCAUGAAAACUGGUUUAAUUGUUGGAAACCAUGCUAACAUUAUUUCAUGCUGUGACAUUAAUAUACGUGCAAUAAAAGUAGGUUUUGCAUUUCAGCAUGUGUAAUCAGCUUUGGAGGCUUGAUGACAAGGGUUCCAGAUCCCUUGCAGAUCCCUUGCUGGCUCAUGUAAAUGAGUGCAAAGGGGGCCAAGAAAUGCUCAUUCUGUAGCACUGAUAAAUUGACAACCUGCUUGCUGUUUAUGGACCUGCUUACUGUUAAAUGAAAUUACCUAUGUGAUGAUGUUUCAUCUACCACAGGUGCAAACAGAUGCUUCAUAUGUUCAGCUGGGUAUUGUUAUGUUUUCUGCCCUCCCAUCAAUCAUCAUUACUUUAUUCAUGGGUGGAUGGACAGACAAAGUUGGUCGACGCCCUGCCCUGAUCUUACCUACUCUUGGCAGUGCAUUAGAAGCUGUUGUAGUUCUCUUAGUCAUGUACCUGAAAUGGCCUAUUUACUGCCUGUUCAUUGGUGGAUUUCUGCAUGGUAUUUGUGGAUAUUACACAACUAUCAUCUUAGCUUGCAUGUCCUAUGUGGCAGAUACAACAGAGGAGUCCAGAAUUGCCCUGCGAUUGGGUGAGUCUUGUGCCUAACAGCUGUUGAUAUUAUUUUUUGAAAAUAACAUUCCCCUUCCUUGGUAAUUGGUAGAAUUGAGGGGUUCAGAUAAGCAAUAUGUAGGUCUUCCGUUUUGUCACAAUUAGAGCCAAAGUAGGGAGUGGAAGAAGGGACAGAUUUCACAUAACACUUUGAUAAACAAGUGUCAUGGAAUACAAACUCCUUCCACCACUUGUCAUACUUGCACCAGGCUACUUUUUCAAUGGUAGACAAUGAUGAAAGGCUAAUUGCAAAUUAGGAAUGUCUUUAAACUCAUCUUUCUUUUCCCCAGGCCUCCAGUGAACAAUACAACCCAUAUCCCCUGGUAAUCAGCAUAAGGUCUUAGUUAAAGUUUUUGAUCUUCUUAAAUACCUUGGAUCAAUGACAGUAUCUGAGCAACUACGCACAUACCCCUCCCUCAACAACCACAACAUUAACCCUAACUUGUCAUCAGUUGACUAUUGCUAGGUUAGGGGAGGGGUAGGUGUACAGUUUCUCAGAUACUGACAUUGAUCCAAUACUUUUUGCCUUCCUGCAUGGAAAGACGGCUGAAUAAAAGAACUUGUUAUCUUGUCAGCCAAUCAGAAUGGAAAAUAUCCCCAUAUAUUUUAAUGCCGCAUAUCACUCCUUUUUCCUUUAUUCACAAAAUUACAGGUAUAAUCGAACUAAUAGUAUUUCUUGGCGGCAUGGUGGCUCAGCUGACCAGCGGACUGUGGAUAGAGAAACUCGGAUUCAUCACUCCUUACUGGAUCAUAUUUGGAUGCCAUAUGGCCGCCGUGCUCUAUGCCAUUUUCUUUGUACCAGAAUCGCGCGCAAAAUCCAGCGAAAACCCAGGCAGGUUAUUUAGCCUUCAGAACUUGAAAUCCAGCUGGACGGUUUACGGAAAAGCUACAGGCAGCAAGAAAAGAAACUUAGUGGUUUUGACGUUUUGUAACGGUGUUCUGGCAAUAGCAGUGAUGGGAAUCAAUGGCGUAGUGAAUCUUUACACUCUUCACUCGCCCUUGUGUUUUUCGCCGACGUUAGUGGGAUAUUUCUUGGCGUUUCGUCAAUUUAUGCAUGGAGUCGGUGGAGUGACAGCUAUAAAAGUGCUCGGGAUGUGUCUCCCAGAUGCCGUUGUCAGUCGUAUCGCCAUCUUGUCGUACACAGGGUUUUUGAUUUUUCUAGGAUUCUCCGCAAACGAGUUCAUGGUUUUCAUGGGUGAGUGUAGAGUCGAAAGUUUUCAAUUAUUAUUAAAACGAAAAAAAAGAGAUCCUUCGUGUGUUUCAAAAAUUAUUUAAAUAUAGAUUAUUAUGAAUUAUUCAACAUCCCAAUGUACUAGGAAGAUUCCGCGCGAAGAAGUCAGAAUGUUCUCGAUAAGUACGCAAGCAAUCUUCAAAUCUUUCGAGCUUUAGAUAAGUCUGAGGACUCUGAAGAUAGUGAUACUUACUUGCAUUCCAAAGUUCAAUUUUCUUUCUUCUUGUUUUAUAUUUUCAUCUCUUUCAUUUUAUUUUUUACAGCUCCCUUAGUUGGUAUCUUUGGUGGUGCGGGACAGCCUGUCUUCAGAGCUAUGAUGUCAAAAAUUGUGAGCACAGACGAUCAAGGUAAAGAUAUGCUGUACUAGUACUGCUAUAAUUUGGACUUGAUUCUUAAACGAAACUUGAGAUGAACGGUUUUUUUUUUCCACGAUGAUUUACCAAGUUCUCUAACGCGCAACCUUUCAUUUUCCUAAUAAAACCUUUUCUCCCGCUUUCUUGACAUCUUUCUUACCCUUGAAUGCAAACGCUCUUUCUUCUUUAGUAGCUGUGGCUAGGGAACGAUCCGAGAUUUAGCGCGCUCACCUUUUUUUUCCUUAACUCAGAUCUCUCAUUGCUGUGAUGUAUGGAUUAAUUUUUUUUUUUUUUUUUUUUUUAGGGUCACUUUUCUCCACGGUUUCCUCCAUAGAGAUGCUCUGCACUUUCGGGGGUACUGCGUUGUUCAGUUCUUUGUACCCCAAAUCUCUGAAAUUCAACAUGCCGGGAUUUGUGUUUGUCCUGGGAGGCACUUUGAUGCUGCUACCACUGCUGUGUACCUUGUGAGUUCAUUCUGUGUUAUUUUUUAGCUUUUGUCGGAUAAUUUCGACGGGAAUUCACAUUUUCUAGGGCAUUCGGGAGCAGAUAUUUACCUCUCAGUUGUCGGUGUGGCUCAAUACAUCAUUGUAUACGAAAGUGGGAUGUAAAGCGCUUUAGAUUUAGCGUCGUGAAACGAAGGCCGCGGCAAUCACGAUGCCCAAUCAGAACAAAGCAAGGAGCAAAAAAGAACUCGAGCGCGGGAAAACUAGAGCGACUCGAUCAGUGUUAGUUUUGCAUCUGAUUGGUUGAGACGGUGGUAAGAGUAUCAUAGAUUUUUGAAAAAGAUUACCAAUAGAAAGGCCAAUACAAUCCUUGACCACUUUUGAUAUUCAAUUUAAUAUCGUCCAAUCGCAUAGUUUCCCUCAAAUCUUUCUAGGAUUGUUCAGAACUAUAAAUUUUUCAGUAAUCUUUAAAUGCAUCGCAUUAUUCCGAUGUGAAGCCCGCAGUACGUACCUUUGUGAAACGUCAGAGUAAUUUUGACUUGUGCAGAAAAUUGAUCACAUAGAAUUAUACUUAAUUCGCUCUCCUGUUAUUUCCCUCCUCUAAAAGAUGAAUAUUUUCUGUUUUUCUUUUUCUGUGGAAAAAAAGACGUUUGUGGAUUGCUGAAGAUCCAUAAAGUUCGUGAAAAUUGAGACUCUAAAAAUUUUUAUGCAACUAGGUAUGUAAGACUUUUCAGAGGUGUGCUGUGCCAUUAUUUCCAAAAAGAGAGAGUAUUCAUUGAGAUCCUGUUUAGCCUGUUAUUGGCGUCCAGCUAAUAAACGAAACAAGUAGUAAAUAUUUUUCACUCCUCCUACCAUCGCGCCGUAUUAUUACUACUAUUUUGCUCCGUUUUACCAACUAAACGUCUCGAAAAGGCCAUAAAGCUGCGGAGGAAACAUGUUGGUAAGUAAUGGUAAUAGAACUGAGUAGAGUCCAAUUCGGUCUGUAAUCAUACAAGUGGUAACAAAAUCGUACGACUGCGCAGCAGAAUUCGAAAACGUCGCUUAAACUACAACUUUGAUUGUGAUUAGUUGAUUUAAACUACAACAUAAGAUGUGAUUGGCUUAUCAAAUUGUGCAAUAACAAACUGUCCGAAAACAUCUUGGCUAGUGAAUUAGUGGUAAAUAGGAGUUUUUUAAACCAAUCACAAUCGAGGAAAUUGUAAUUUUUAUGAUUAUUCUCGUAAACAGAAGCUACUGGCUAUGCUUCAUACCCGUCGCUAACACUGUUUAUUACUAGUUAAUGAUUUAGUGCUUUUACCUUUCAGUUGUUUGAGGGAUCAAGAGAUGUUCUCACGGAGAAGGAAAAUCGUCAAUGAAAAUACCAAAGAUAGCGAAGAUGAGAAAGAAGAUGAGCCGUAUGAGCCCGACUCUCCUGAUAUUUAUGUGCCCGAUGAUUCCCCCAUCAUCCAACCAGUUCCUUAAGGGAGUGCGAUGCUCCUUUGAUACUGAAUCAUAAAAGGUUAUUUUUACCCUUCAAAUGAAUCAUGAAAAUUUUGAAAAAGAUUAUGUGCAUAAAACUGAGGCUAUGGGCAGGGGGCAGAAGCGAGGCGUGGAACUGAGACUAUUGCGAGCAGGCUUUUGUUAAGGUUACGACACGAGCAGAGAAGCUCGCGAGUUUCGAACCGGUGAGCGAAGAGAGCGUGCGAGAGGUCGCCUCGCGUUCUGGCAAUUUUUGCACCAGACCCUUGCAGACUUCUCGCAGGCAUCGUCGUCGUUUCGCAGCUCUAACAAGAGCGCGCUCGCAGGCUCUUGUUACAAUUGUAAAUGAUUGGCAAAGUUUUCUUGGGGCGGACGUGUCAAUGAGUAAGUAACCUUUCAUCAUAACCGCCGUGACCUGUCUUCUGUAGGAAUACAUAUUAUGUUGCGUGACAUUUGGAUAAAAGCUACUAUGGGGAGGCGUGAAGAAAAUUUCCACUUCCCCGCUCGACGAUUAAUCGCGCUGCUUCUGUAUAUUCGAACAAGGCGAAAGAGUUUGUUGCACAGGUUUAAUGAAAGCCGAAAGGGGAAAUCGUGUUUAAUUUAAUGAGAGCAUAUACUGAAAAGGAUAUUUUAUUUUUAAAACAAGGCAAUUAUUACAGUCAAAAUGAAGGCAAAAUAUAAAGCUCACGACAAUCAGUCAAUUACAGAAAAACCUAAUUUUGAUUACAAAAGAGCCAGAAUUGGGAGAAUAUAUGGAGAAGUCAUUUGGAAUAAAUUGAUAAAUAUUUUAUAACAAUUAUCAUGAAGAUGGGAGACCCAAUCCAUUUUUGAAAUUGUAAAGAUAUGAAAAAUAAAAAAAUAAUUGAAACUUAUUAUUGGGACAGUUUUCAGUUUUGUCUUGGAUUAACUUUGAUGUUGUGCCCAAAUUUAUCGCUUUUCACGAAACAGAUGUACUCGUUUUUGUUCUUCAGUGUUGUGUAUUCAUCUAAUGGCUCAGUCAGUUAGGAGACACUUUCUAAGUUCAACCCUCCAUCGACCCACAACAAUCAUUCUACUUGACUAUAGUACCUUUACGUCAUUCAGCAGUCAUAUCACCAGCGUGGGUUAAAGUACUUGUAGCCAUAUCACUCAAUACGUACUUCCCGGGCGAUGUUCAAAUAAUCGUAUAGAAAUAUAAUUGACGAAAUCACGAAAAAAGCAGAAAAAAUCGAUGAUACUGGUAUAAGUACUUGUUGCUACAAUAAUCAAUACAGUACGCGCAACGGCACGAAAGGCCCCCACCCUACCCUACUAGAAUGAGGAGUGAUUACGUGAACUUUAGAUGUGUUACAAAGACCCGCUGAGAUAGCAAUCUUGUAAGAAGAUUCUGUGAUCUUUUGGAGUCAAUACAAACAUUUACGAAACAUUCGUCAGUUCCAAUAGGAUAUUAAUUAUCAAGUAACAUAACUCAGACAGAAAUAUCAAGGAAAGAGGUGAGAUACAUUUUAAAUUUCAGGUGGAAUAUCGUGUUGGUUGUAAUUACAAUAAUUACAGUUAUACAGUUUCUCUCUUCACCUGGCCUUUAUUCGUUCGUUGCAAGUGUGCACCUAUUUAAAAAGCUCUGCUUGUAAGACAAGGACCUUCUUAUGAAGCUUUUAGUUCAUUACCAGGUUAAGGGAGGGUACUUGAGGACAUUUUGGAGUCGCUUUCGCGAGAAACAUAAGAAAUUUCAAUUCGGGACUCCGGUCCGAUUUUGGAUGGGACAUACACUCGACAGGGCGGCGAACCACGCCGAACAGCGCGAAGUUGAUGAGGCUUGUAAAACUUCGUAAAUUUUUACCCGUUUUUGACUCAGUUUUUAUUUAUUUUUCUAUCAAAAAGUUGGUAUUGACAGACUGCCUGAGUUUACAAUUUGCGAUCGCGUACAAACAAUUCGUGCGAACGAUUGACCAGUAUUGUUAGGCCGAAGAAGACAGACAGCGUUCUAAUCCCGUCGUUUCUAACUUUUAUCAAUAUGGAAGUUAUUGAACAUGUCAUGAUGUUUUAUUCGUCGUCGUUGUCCAAAUAAGACACAUUUGGACAAAUUUCGUUGUCUCUCUUUCUAGUGCGACAUUUGCAUAUUCUUGCACAGUGCUGCAAAAAUGUCUCCUACUGUUUGUGUAAUUGUAACGCAAUAUUUAGCAGAUCACGCUUGGUUGAAGAUGAAAGCGCCGGUCUUUUUGGAUUUGUAUAGUUAAGAUGAAAAACUUGAUCCAGUUUUUUCUAGUAAUCUUUUCAAAUAAAAAUUUUCAUUAUCUCAGUUUAGUGAACAGUUCUCAGGAUUUUGAGCAUGUGAUUGGCUUUUGCGUGACUGCGAACUUUAAAACGUCACACUUACGUGACUCCACAUCAAACCAUCUUCGUUCUGGAGUACGUGUUUCUAUUUUAAGCACUUUUGAAGUAAAGUAACUUUAUCGACAACACCUCAUGAUGCAAAUUUAAUUUGCUGAGCUGAAUUGCAAUAUCUUAGAUGGACGCUAAAAGCUAGAAUAAAUGAUAGUGUAAAAAAGCGUCACGAAAAAGAAAAAAAAUUAAAAUCCACCACCAAAGGGCAAAAAGCCGUUUUUUUCAUUAAUUGAUUGAGUGAUAUUUAUAUGAAUAUCUGAUUGAAAUUUUACAGAAGAAAUUGUACAACUUUGUAAAAUUGGUUUGAUUUGAGCAUUGUAUUUUCGGAUAUGUAAAUAAACUGACGAAAUCGUCGUAAUUACAGGGGCUAAAUAUGAAGAAGGAAAAAAAUUACUCGCGGAAUGCUGAGUAAUUUUUGAUACGUUAUAUGUUGGAGAAUCUCUUCAAACCUUGAUACAACCUUGUAACAGGUGUUUGCUUGGGUUGGUGAGUGCUUAAGAGGUAAGAAUCCACUUAAAUUGUACGACAAUGGUCAACACCGGAGAAGAUUGACGCAGAUUGCAAAUCAUGACUUAGAGUAUUUAUUUUGGUGCGUGGCGAGAUAGCAGCGGUUUACGAAAAUUACUACCGUUAUUAACACGCUUCCUUGAUUUUUAUUGUUUAAUAAAGAACCACAAUGCCUACUCUGAAUUUGCCAAGAUGGAGACGUUACCUAACAGUGGAACCAGUGGUACUUUUUUAUACAUUUGGUUUGUUCAUGAGUCUCCCUGUCAUGACACAGUACAUAUACUUCAGAGUCAGUGAAUUUAAGGGCUUUCCGUACAACAUAUCGGCAACUACUGAAAAGGGAUGUGUCGAAGAUUCUAAUGGAAACGGUACGUCUUUGGCGGAGUUGGAAAAAGAGGUAGGUAGCAUCAUGAUGAAGUUCUUUGUAAUGUUACGGUCAUACUGAAAAAUUUUGAAUUUCUGUUUUGAUGAUACAGUUUUUCCUGUUAGUUUUCCCCUCAUUCGUAAGAUUUUAAGGAUCAUUUCAGUGAUGAGGAGCCCAAAUGUGAGCAUGUUUUCUUUUCUUCUUAAUCAUUAGGUGCAAACCCUGGCGGCUAGAAUUGACAUGGGAAAUAUCCUCUUCCAGUCUCUACCGUCCAUUCUUAUGGUCCUUCUUUUGGGUCCUUGGACGGACACUGGUGGAAGACGUCCCGCUCUGUUAGCCCCUCCUCUAGGGAGUGCUCUAGAGGCCAUUACUAUUCUGCUUAUAAUGUAUUUUGAUUGGCCAGUGUUUGUGUUGUUUGUCGGCUCGGCCAUAAAUGGCUUCUCGGGAUUCUUUACAAUCAUGAAUAUGGCUGCUUUCGCUUAUGUUUCUGACAUCACAACCGAAGAAGGACUCGCUAUCCACAUUGGUUAGUUAAUUCUUUCUGUCUAUUUUUAAAAUGGCAAACGAAACCUGGAUUAGUUCCCUUUUGUGUUACCACUCAAAAACUUGAAAAAGCUAAAUCCACGACUGGCUAGCGGCGUAACGUGGAUUUUUCUUAAGGAGGGCUAAGGGCAGGGUGGGAUCACAAUUACAAAUGUACGCUUUGCGUGUGCAGGCAUGUACCGCUGUUCUUUCUUGUAUAUCAGCGGGCUCGUAUUUAUGCAUUUAGGACCAGCAAAUAGAGUUUCCUCGCGAGACGUGAAGCUCUCAGUAAAGUAUUGUAUACGAUUUUCGUCUGGUUAGUUAAGGGUAGCUAGAUCACAUUUUUUAAAAGUCAAUCAACAAGAUUGAGUGCGUUGCAAUUGUUCGUUACAUUAACUGGAAUAGCAAUCAAAUUAAGUUCCUUCGCCUCGUUUGAAUUGGUGAACAGUAUUCUGCGUUGUAGUAAAAUUACCAGCUAGGGUUAGCAGUCCUAUCCCCCAUAGCCAUGUGACCGUUUUUUUUUUUAAAUUUUGUUUUGUUUGUUUUGUUUUGUGUUUUGGAGAGAUUUGUUCUACUGAUUCUCGAAGUUUUCUAUUUUAGCCGUUGUCCAGCUCGUGGUAUUCAUUGGCGGAGUCGUGAGCCAGUUGACCAGCGGUGCAUGGUUGAAUAGACUCGGUUUCAUCCCUCCUUAUUGGUUCAUUUUCGCCUGUCACGUGGCCGGGUUGCUAUGGGCGGCGUUCAUGGUACCGGAAUCAAAACGCGAAAGCCAGAAAAACAAGAUCCGCUUCUUCAGCUUAGACAGCUUUAAAGCAGUAUGGAGUGUGUACAAGAAACCAAGAAACGGCGGAAGAAAAAAUCUCCUUAUGCUUCUCAUCUCGGACGGGAUAAUCACUCUAGGGGUUUUGGGUAUCAGUGGAGUAGUGUCGCUUUUUGUCCUGCGCACCCCACUCUGCUGGGGACCAGCUACGCUUGGGGUUUUUAUGGCUUUCCGAUUCUUCAUGCAGGGUUUUGGUGGAAUCGUGGGAAUCGGAAUUCUGAAAAGGUUCAUGAGCGAGGUGAAUGUCAUGAGAGUUGGCAUGGUGUCCCAAUGCCUUUCGCUGGUUUUCUUUGCCUUUAGUAAUCGCACAUGGAUGGUUUUUUUAGGUGAGAACUGAACCCGAAAUUAAAUUUACAAGGAAGUUUAUUUCGCAUCAUGAAUUCAGGAGUGUGGUCAAAGGGGAAGAGGGUGGGGGGGGGGGGUUGGAAAGGUUCAGAGCACGAGAUGCAUUCGACCCUCCUUUUCGUCAUGAAGGAGUUAAGUUAAACCACCUUCCUCAAGACGAGUUACCCGUUACAACCAUUUCUGUAGAAUAACUACGAUCACACUUUCUUUGUUUGAAAAUCUGACUCUUUUUACAGUUCCCCUUAUUGGUAUUUUUGGCGGUGCUGUUGUUCCGCUGUACAAAGGGAUGAUGUCACAGAUGGUUGAACCUGAUGAACGAGGUAAGCCUUGACUGAGCUAUUUGUGUCUCACACGGAGGGUGUGGCUGGGUGAGAUCCAGGGGCGCAUAUAACCCCCUGCUUGUCUAUCAACAAAGGCGUGGCUGGCUGAGGUCCAGGAGUGCAUAUGACCUCUUUUCUAACAGCAAGGGUGUGGCUGAGUGGGUUGUAGGGUUGCAGAUGACCCCUUCCUUGUCUAAUAACAAGGGUUUGGCUGUGAGAAAUUCAGGAGUACCAAUGAAUCCUCCCUUGUUUAGAAGAAAAAUUAUAUGAUAUAAAUAUUUUAUAUAACAGCCUGUGUUCUUCCCAAAUGAUACUAACACGCCAGAGUAGAAUCCCUCAAAGAAAUCUUGUGAUUACGCCCCUGCCACAUGUAGCCAUUUUAUCCAUAUCAGUUAAAAUGGAUGUUGCACAUGAUGAAGGUAUUGUUUGUGACCUCAAUUUAAGUUGACCAUGUUGGCUAUGUUACCUUUAUUUGUUUUGGAGACGUUAGGUUAGCUUGUCUGUCUCUCCCACUUCCUCUCCACACGUUGGUGUGCUUAUCCAUAACCAAUCUUGGGCUCAUUAGUUUUAAAUUCUGUAGAAAUCUAUCAGUUGGAUCAUGAUAUCUCAUUUAGAACAGGGCUGGUCGAAAGGGAGGCAAAGAAGUGAAAAUGAACAUGAGAAACCCCUACAACCGCUUCCUUUGAAAACGAUUUACUCAUGGUCGUAGUUUGUAUGUGGGUUGCGUAUUAAAGAUGCGUUACGUCUUAUGGUUUAGAACACAUCGAGGGAAAUGCUAUUUCUGAGGAACUGGUCAUUUUUUUAAUCGGCUUGAGGGGGGAGGGGGGGAAGGAACCAGAGGAUUUUAAUUAAACUUACCUGAUCCUCCCAUAAGGCUCAGUAAUAUUCUUAUGAUACCCCCCCCCCCCCCCCCUCAUUGGCAGUCAAUUUUCUGUAGCACCCUCUUUAUUCUCUGUUUUCAAUUACUGAUCCCCUCAAUUGCCCCUGAACACCUCCUCCUAAAAUCCUCUCCCACCCCACCCUACCCCACCCCACCCCACCCCACCCCGAAGCGCGCCUUUAUGUGUCUCUAUUUAUCUCAUUUUUCUUUGGCUGCGGUAUCAUUUAUUUAUCAAUCACUUUUAAAUUCUUUAGGUGCCAUGUUUUCCUCGGUGGCCACAGUGGAUACAUUCUGUAACUUUUUGGGCGCGUUUAUCUUUAAUCCGAUGUACAUUCAAUCCUCUAAGUUUGGUUUUCGAGGGUUGCCAUUUCUUGUGGCUGCUGUACUGAUAAUCAUUCCGAUGAUCUUGACCAAGUAAGUUUAAACAUUUAAAAUGUAGUGUCCGCUUUUCUGUGUUCGGUUCCUUUUUGCUUCGUCCUCCUCCUUCAGCAAUCACUAAACAAUUGGAAACGCCGGCUUUGAGAUAAGUUGUAAAACAAAAACUAAUUUUAUCGCAUCAGCCGAUGAGAGCAAAGGAAAAUAUCAUAAACCAAUGACAGCAAAAGAAAAUUUAAAAAAAACAGUGACGCGCGGGAAAACGCACGUGGCCAAAACACAACUGGUUUUGGUUAUGUAUCUGAUUGGUUGAGAAAAUGGUGUGAAUUUUUUUUUUCACCUAUCACCGAGCGAAGCGAAGUAAACCUCAUAGAUUCCAGGAUUUCUCUCAACCCUCAAGUAUUCUAUAAAAACCCCUGUUUUGAUUUUCUCGACCAAUCGUGCCGGAAUAAGAAUAUAAUGAAUUAAACCAUCUAAUUCCUUCCAGUAUUACUUGGUUAUUUAAUUUUUCUGUGCAAUAUGAUCUUGUUAAUAUGAUAUGUCAUGAAAAUUAUACGAUCGCUGUCUAAUUUUGACGUCACUAACAUAAAUUGCACUCUACCAUUUGAUAAGACUUAAUGAAAAAAAUACAUCCCGUAUCAAAAAUUUCCAAUCCAGCUUUUAAGUCUUGUAAGAUUUUUAAACUUUCCAAUUCCCCUAAAUUAUCUCCAACCUAACAGUUAAGGUCUAAAUGUAUUUUUUGCAUGCCAGUCAGAUAGUCAAACCCGAACGACUUCCAAGUCCCUGGGAAAUAUUUACCAGCUAUUUCUAAUUGUUUGGGUUUGUUCUUCAUGGAACAGGUUUUUAAAGAAUCCGAUGUCGUUUAGGAAGAUGACAGAAACCUUAACUGAGCCCGAAGCGGAUGAAACAGAAGUAAAACUCGAAGACAUACCACUUGACGAAGAUGAACCUCAAACGACCGUACUUUAA